AUGUCUUUAUCAUUUCAUUCUCGACUAUCUGAUAACCUUGGCACUCUACUCGAACAAGCAGAAGACUAUGACGUUAUGAUUAAAGUUGGGAACCUCAAAACUGAAAAUAAACAUUUUCGUGCACAUUCGGUUAUUCUAAGGGCAAGGUCAGAGUAUUUUCGAGCGGCCUUAUCAAAUAAAUGGGCAAAGAAAGAAGGGGCAAAGUAUGUGUUUGAAAAACCUAAUAUUAGACCGAUAGUAUUUGAAGUAAUACUUAGGUAUAUAUAUAGUGGCAACCUCGUAUUAGAUAAACUUAAUGGAAAGGACAUUGUAGAACUUUUGGUAGCAGCGGAUGAAUUAAUAUUUGAAGAGCUUAUAUAUCCACUACAAGAUUAUCUUCUUAAAAAUAAGUUGACGUGGAUCCAAGAAAACAUUUUAUACGUUCUAAAUACAGUUAUAGGUUUAAAUGCAUUCAACACACCGAAUUUAAAGAAUUUGGACAUUGUAAAUUGGGGUACAAAAGAAUUCAAUGCAUUGGAAAAAACUUUACAACGAUGUAUUCCGUUGAUAAGGUUUGGUCAAUUUUCAAUUGAAGAAUUUACCACUAAAGUCAAACCAUAUAUAAGGAUUUUACCAUCAAAUUUGAGAUCAAGAAUUGUCCAACAUUUAUUGUCUAAAAGACAAUCAGAAUCUAUUGUUACAAUACCGGCAACACCGGAAAGAGCGAUAGAUUCAAUAAUUAUUACUCAUCAACAGGCUGCACUUAUUGCGUGUUGGAUAGAUCGAAAACAGGUGACGGAGUCUACGUCUUUAUCUGAAAUGUUUCCAAUUCCGUAUUAUUUCAGCCGUGAUGGAUAUUUCGCUAAAACAUUUCAUACCCAAUGUGAUGGUCAAGGUGCUACUAUAGUUGUCGUAAGAGUGAGUAAGUCAGAUGAAUUAAUAGGAGGCUAUAAUCCAAUAGGAUGGUCUUCGCCAAGAGAUGUCGAAUGGCGUGGUACUCGUGACAGCUUUAUAUUUUCUUUAGGAGAUGGAAAAGAACUAAGUAAAGCGAAACUAAGUAGGAUUAAAGAAGAUUACGUAAAUGAUGCAAUUCAACUUCAUGAUCGAUUAGGACCAUCGUUUGGAUUUUACGAAUUGAAAAUCGUCGAUGAUGCUGCUCGAGCUGAAACAAGUUACGCAUCUGGUGGGUUGAAAUAUGAACACACAAUUAGAGAUAAAUGGAAUUAUUUCAGAGUAGAUGAUUAUGAGGUUUUUCAAGUUUUAAAGAAAUAA